AUGUUUCAGAUCAGUGCAUUUGAAGCAGAGGAGAGGAAGCCACUGAGGACUAUUGAGAUACACCCAGUGAAGGAGGUUAGCUUCAACACAGAGUUUGUCUCUGUGGGUAGUCUACAUUAGCGUCUGACUCAGAACAAGCUCAGAUCAUUCAUUUAUUGUAAGGUGAUCUCUGUGAAGCUGUUUGUCUCAGAGCCUGACUUAACAGGAUCAACCUAAAGUGUCAGCUAAAAGUCUCUGGAACUGGACAAAGAGAGGACAGAGAUCCGGCUGAAGAACCCUUGCAUGGCAGUCCCUCCCUCUCACCUCUUACUUAGGCAACAAUCAGUCAUGUGAAUAAUUAGUCUGUCACGGUCGCAGACUAGUCACCACAUCUUCAGAAAGUGGUGGAGAGGAAGGCCACUUACCAUAAAUAAGCAUUUUUCUCUCUCUCUCUCUCUCUGUCUCUGUCUGGCCAACCAUCAUUCUAUAUCUCUAUCCAUACAGUUCAAGAUGGUGCGGUCUGUCAGAGAAGAAGGUAGUCAGCUGAGCACCAUACAAGACCUGAAGAACUCUGGCUUCGGCCGUCCUCCCCCCCGACACGGCCUCAAGCUCCUUUUUUGGUUCGCCAACGAGUGUGUGGCGUUCAAUCACCACGGCAACAUGCUGGUACAGUGCCACCCUGAGAUGGAAGAGUUCGGCUUCCACUACUUUGGCAACUUCGAGGAGAUUCUCCCAGUUCUAUCGCGAGACUGCAGGGAAAGCUACUUCGAGGUGGGCAACCUGAACACAGAGACCUAUUCCAAAGCCGAGGACCUACCGGACUACGUGAGAAAGGACUACAGGCUUUCCCUGGGCUACCGCCAAUGCAACAAGGACCGCAUCAUCAUCAGGCUGAAGCAGGGGGACGUGACGGCCACCUAUGUCACCGAGCAUAAGGAGGACGGCGGCCGGGGGGAGUUUGACUCCGAACGCACCCACCUUAUAAAUCCGGAUUUGAUCCGCAUCAUCCAGGACCCUGAGCUGGAGCUAGCGACAUUCCUGGACCAGACGGGCUACAUGGGGCUGUCGCUGAGAGACCGCCUCCUCAGAGCUUUCAAGCAAAUAUCGGAUGUCAUCUCAUGGGAACCCUCAGAACAAUCUGGUCCGGACCAAACCACUUUGGACAGUUUGGUCCGGCCCACUUGGGAUCCGGAACAGGACCAGACCACGUCCUUGUUGGGACUAUCGCUGAGAGAACGGUGCACCAGAGUCUUUGUAGUCAUCAUAGUGGUUCUCCUGGUCAUCACUUUGAUUGUUUUGGUCAUUUUAGGAAAGUUUUAGAGAUAGCAGUCAUUGUAGCUGUUGUGCUGCUGUUGGUCCAUCAGGGUUGGGGUCAAUUCCAUGUCAAUUCAAUCAAUUCAGGAAGUAAACUGAAAUAAAAAAAAUGUACUAACGGAAAAGCUUUGAAAAUUGACUAAAUUGAAAUGGAAUUGACCCCAACCUUGAUGGACCAAUAACAGCACAACAGCUACAAUGACCCUCUAACUUCCCUAAAAUGACCAAAACGAUCAAAGUGAUGACCAGGAUAACCACUAUGAUGACUCUGGUGCACCGUUUUACUUGUAGUUUACUUGCUUUUACUUGCAAUGACUGUGAUAUGUGGUUGCCUUUGCCUACCUUAGUUGAAGGCACUGACUGUAAAUCAGUUUGGAUAAGAGUGGAUGCUAAUGUUGUGUUUUUAAAUGUUUUUGUAAUCGAUAACAUAUCAGAUUUCUAAUACACCGAUUUGGAAUGAAAUACAAAGAA